AUAAUUUACUUCAUCCUGUUUCAAUAUGUGACCAUAUUCUGAGUUUGGCAUAUACAUAUGUGAUUGAAUGUGUGCUCAAUGUUAUUUAAAAGCAUGUAUAUUUUUAUGAGUACUUCCAAAAGGCACUAUCUAACAGCUAGAAACUGACUCUUCACAGUUAAAUCUCUUUGAGCUUGUUGAAGUACAGCCAAAUUUAUAUGUUAUAGAAAAAUAUUAAAUACAAAUUUAAAAAGGAAAAAUCAAGAGAAGCAAAGAAAUGUAGACAUGUAGAGUUGAAGACAUGUUCACGGGCUUGUCUUUAUGUGUGGAUUUUGAGCAGUCGGUGUGUGUGCUGCUGAAGCUUAACAAAAGGCUGAUUUUCUGAGUUGAACAGGAGGAGUGAUUGACAGAAGCGCACACAGAGAUCUCUGAGCUGAACAGAUGUGCUCAUUGUCCAGUCCAGCUGAUGACGUGAGUGUGUGUGUUCGUGCUUUCGCUGUCUAUACACCGUACUGUAGAUUUCAUCCUUCAUUUUCUCAUCUCACUUCUUUGGACUGGAGAUACUACGGAGAUGCAGUGGUGCAGGACGUCUCUUUUCCAGGUAUACAGUCCGCAGGGCGAGAGGACGAGGAGCGCUGUGAUUUUCUGUUCAAGAUCAUCCUGAUUGGGGACAGUAAUGUGGGGAAGACCUGUGUUAUCCAGAGCUUCAGGUCAGCAGAGGUCACUGAACUGCAGCACAACACUAUUGGAGUGGAUUUUACCGUGCGCAGCAUCGAUGUUGACGGCAGGAGAGUCAAGAUGCAGGUGUGGGACACGGCGGGACAGGAGCGUUUCCGCACCAUCACUCAGAGCUAUUAUCGCAGUGCUCAUGGCGCUAUGAUUGCGUAUGAUCUGAGCCGCCGCGACACCUUCGACUCUCUGCCACACUGGAUUCAGGCGCUGGAGCAGUACGGAGCCGCCAGCCUC